AUGCCCGGAGCACCACCGUCUUCAGUGGAUGCUACUCAUAGCUUUAGUUCAGUGUUCGAUGAGACUGGUAGAAAACCAAGCGAUGCAGAGGUUGGAAAAACGCUGUUUCACAAGGGCGAGUUGUCCUUUGGCAUCGUGCUCGGGUUUUGCACAGGCUAUUUGAUCAAGAAGGUUGGCAAAUUGUUUGCUCUUGCAGUUGGUGCCGGGUACAUCUUUCUUCAAUACUUGUCGUUUAAGGGAUUAAUUACUGUUCACUGGGACCGGCUGGAAGGCGGAUAUCAGCGUCAACUGGAUGUUGACAAGGACGGCAGAGUGACCCACAAAGACGUUCGGACGAAGUGGAAUGGAUUCGUCGGGAUUUUGACUCAUAAUAUCCAGUUUAAAUCCACGUUUAUGAUCGGCCUUUACACUGGUAUCCGUUAUGGUUAA